AUGCCGACAGACAAGCCAAGCACUGUGACCAAUGCCAAAGAAAAUGGCAUGGAUAUAGUAGGGAAAUUCCCUAUGGCGCUGGGGCAGAAAGUCUUCCUUCUGAUAGCCACUGACUACUUCUCCAAGUGGGUUGAAGCAGAAGAGCUCAGCCGCAUAAUAGAUCUCCAGGUCCGCAAGUUCCUGUGGACCUACGUAAUCACUCGCUUCAGGGUCCCCCACGAGAUUGUCACCGAUAAUGGACCGCAGUUCACGAGCCAAAACUUCAAGGAGUUCUGCAGGGACUGUGGCAUAAAACUAACUUUCGCCACACCCAGACACCCCUAUUUUAGCGGACAAGCCGAGUCCACGAGAAAAAUAGUGGUCAAUAUGCUUUAA